CCCUCUGUCACAAACAUACUGACAUUUUAGAGAGCAGAUUUUUUUGUUUUGUUUUGUUUUUCAAUUCUUGUUUUUAUACUAUUCUUUUCUUUUAAAUCAAAUGCAACCCUGGAGAAGAAAAUUUCCAUUGUUCGAAACAGGAGUGACGAUGAAACAAAGAAAGAACAGUAACCUCUCUAUCUUCGCCGUCGUCUUCUCUGUCUUCCUCUUCGGGAUCUUCUUGUACAACGAAGACGUCAAGUCCAUCGCCGAUUUUCCUUUCUCCAGCUCAAAACCUAGCGACGUCCAAAAGAGCCAAGAGGAGGCUAAACCGACUACAGAGGUUACGUCACUACCAAUUCAAGAACCGAUCAAGAACUCAGACCCAGUUCAGGAACCGGUCAAAAAACCUGACCCGGAUCAAGAUUCAGUGAGAGAAACAGAGCCAGUUCAAGAAGAGGUAUCGAAAACAGAGGAAGGGAAGAAGAUUGAGCUGUUUGCUGUGACGGAGGAAGAAGACGACGGAGGUGACGUGGAGUUGCCGCCGGAGGAGUGUGAUUUGUUCACCGGAGAAUGGGUGUUCGAUAACGAGACGCAUCCGUUGUAUAAAGAGGAUCACUGCGAGUUCUUGACGGCGCAAGUGACUUGCAUGAGAAACGGAAGAAGGGAUUCUCUGUAUCAGAACUGGAGAUGGCAGCCAAGAGAUUGUUCUUUACCAAAGUUCAAAGCGAAAUUGUUACUGGAGAAGCUAAAAAACAAGAGAAUGAUGUUCGUUGGGGAUUCACUUAACCGGAAUCAAUGGGAAUCGAUGGUUUGCUUGGUUCAAUCAGUGGUUCCUCCCGGUAGAAAGAGCUUGAACAAAACCGGUUCUCUCUCCGUCUUCCGAGUCGAGGAUUAUAAUGCAACUGUGGAAUUUUAUUGGGCGCCAUUUUUGGUGGAAUCGAAUUCAGAUGAUCCAAACAUGCAUAGUAUACUUAACCGUAUAAUAAUGCCUGAGUCCAUAGAAAAGCAUGGAGUCAACUGGAAAGGCGUUGACUUUCUUGUAUUCAACACUUACAUUUGGUGGAUGAACACAUUCGAUAUGAAAGUUCUACGAGGAUCGUUCGAUAAAGGGGACACUGAGUACGAAGAGAUCCAACGGCCAGUAGCGUAUCAGAGAGUGUUAAGGACAUGGGGAGAUUGGGUGGAACAAAAUAUUGAUCCUCUACAUACCACUGUUUUCUUCGCUAGCAUGUCUCCUCUGCACAUCAAGAGCUUGGAUUGGGAGAAUCCAGAUGGGAUAAAGUGUGCUUUAGAGACGACGCCGAUUCUCAACAUGUCAAUGCCCUUCAGCGUAGGAACAGACUACAGGCUGUUUUCAGUAGCGGAAAACGUCACGCGUUCUCUUAAAGUUCCGGUUUACUUCCUCAACAUUACGAGACUCUCCGAGUUCCGCAAAGAUGCUCACACUUCGGUUCACACAAUCCGACAAGGCAAAAUGCUGACGCCGGAGCAACAAGCUGAUCCCAACACUUAUGCUGAUUGUAUCCAUUGGUGUCUUCCCGGUUUGCCUGAUACGUGGAACGAGUUCCUUUACACACGUAUUAUUUCACGUUCCUGACCAAAGAGACAAACAAAAAGUUUGGAAUACCUUGAAAUUGUAUUAUUUUGAUAUCAUAAUGUUCAUAAUUUUUUUCCUGAAUUGUAAUUGUGAAAUGUUUUUUUUUUGACUUACGGUUAUUAGAGUGUCUAUUAGGAUGAAAAUGGAAGGGACUUUUUAACUGUUUUUGUAUUCUUGAACUUUGGAGUGAGGUGGUAAGCACAGGAUGCC